GACUCACUUUAAACAUUUUUUUCAGUGUAGUACGUGACAUUUUGUGCAAAAUAAUUUGAGAAAAUUAGCUGAAAAGUGAAAAUUUAGCAAAAAGGUGUGAAAAGUGCAAUUUUAGGUGGUGGCUCUGCGGGAGUGAGUGACUAACUUUAGGGAACAACGUGUGGUGGAAGAUUUGCAUCAAUCAGAAGUACUAAAAGUGGAGGAAGAGAAGAUGUCUCAAGCACAACCAGGAACUCCUGCUCUGGCCAAUAAUUACAUGAAAGUCUUCGUUCAGCGUGACUACAGUGAUGGAACUGCUGUAAAAUUCCAGACACGCUUCCCUACAGAGCUGGAAAGUCGCAUUGAUAAACAUUCGUUUGAGACGACAAUCAAUAAGCUGAAUGAGUACUUUGCGGAAGCUGAGAAGGGUACCUGCAGUACCUACUGCGAGGGUUGUCUAGCCUGCAUCACAGCAUACUUGAACUACAUCUGCACCGAGACACACUACGAGAAGUGCUUGAGAAAAGUAUCCAAAUACAUUGUCUCCCAAAAUGAGAGGAUCUACAACCCGCGGGGUCUCCAAAUCACCGACCCAACCUACAGGGGACUCCGUGUGAUAGAGAUCUCCAUUCUCGAUAGGCCCGUUCGCACGUGACUGCCGCUCUCCAAUUCAUCCGAGGAGUUCUUCAUGUAAAGCGCAUUUCAAUGUACAAUUUCGGCAAAAUUCCUCCUUCCUCAACCCCCCAAAGAGACCAUUUAUGUCCCCCCCCCAGCAUCUCCCAGAUUGCCUACUGAAAUUCCCCAUAAAAACAUAGAGGAACUCCCACCACAUUUUUUCUUGCAACAUCGCAGAUCCUUUCUUCCUGAGAGAGAUUAAAAAAUAUUUUCAUAUUCGCUAGAAAGAUAUAAUUGUUAAAAAAAAAAAAGCUAAAAUGGUAAAAGAGUUUGAUUAUUUUCAUUUUUUUAUCACUUCUGUAUGUAAAACAUGUAAAACUAUUUGUAAUAUUUUGAUGAAAAGCUGACUUUUUCCUCGGAUCCAACUCUUAAAUGAACAAUUUAUUUAUACGCGCGAGGAUACUGUGUAUAGAACAUAAUGCAAUAUGUUAUUAAAGAGUAUUGAAAAAAAAAA